AUGAAGAGACAAAACGCCCGGACCCUCGCCCUCAUCAUCAGCAUCCUCACUUACCUGGUGGUGGGGGCGGCCGUGUUUGAGACCCUGGAGUCGAAGCAGGAGAAAAGCCACAAAAGGAAGCUGGAGGCCAGGAAGCACGAACUCAUGCGUAAAUACAACUUAUCCAAAGGGGACUUCGAGGAGCUGGAACACGUCGUCGUGCAGCUCAAACCGCACAAAGCCGGCGUGCAGUGGAAGUUUGCGGGGUCUUUUUACUUCGCCAUCACUGUGAUCACAACCAUAGGUUACGGCCACGCGGCUCCGAGCAGCGACUCGGGGAAAGUGUUCUGCAUGUUCUACGCCCUCCUGGGGAUCCCGCUCACUCUGGUGAUGUUCCAGAGCCUGGGGGAGCGGAUCAACACCUUCGUCAGGUACCUGCUGCACCAGGCCAAGAAGUGCCUGGGCCUGCGUGAAACGGCCGUGUCCAUGGCCAACAUGGUGACGGUGGGCUUCUUCUCCUGCCUCAGCACGCUGUGUGUCGGGGCCGCGGCCUUCUCCCACUGCGAGGGGUGGAGCUUCCUGCACGCCUUCUACUUCUGCUUCAUCACGCUCACCACCAUCGGCUUCGGGGACUACGUGGCGCUGCAGAGGGACGACGCGCUGCAGAACGACCCUCGCUACGUGGCCUUCUGCUUCGUCUACAUCCUCACGGGGCUCACGGUGAUCGGAGCCUUCCUGAACCUGGUGGUGCUUCGCUUCCUCACCAUGAACACGGAGGACGAGCGACGGGACGCCAGGCAACGCGCGCUCGUUCCCGUCGGUAAACCCCGAGGAGAGGUGGCUCGACUGCUCCCCCUCUCGGCCUCCACCUCUUUAGCAGAAGACGCCACCAAAGCGAAGGAUUUGAAAGGCGUCUACACCGAGGUGCUGCACUUCCAGACAAUAUGCUCCUGCUUGUGGUACAGGAGCAAGGAGAAGCUGCGGGGCUCCAUCCCUCAGGAGCUGAUGUUAUCGAACCCCUACAUGCCGCAGAGCAGGAACUGUCCUCACUACGUGGAGCCGGGGUCCACGGGAUGUGUUUGUAGUCCACGUCAAUGCUCGAGCAUCAGCUCCAUAACUACAGGCCUGCACCUCUUAUCUCCUUUCAGGAUGUUUAAGAGACGCAGCUCCGUUUAAAACUCUCGACACAGCAGAUUUCAGCACAGGACAAUGUGUCUAGACUGCCAGAGAGCCGGCCUCACAGCAGAGACAUGCUAGAUGUUUGUGGUGCUAUAAUCCCAGUAAACAGUAGGACAAGACAACUCAAAUAUCAGUUUGAGGAAGGGUUGCUAUGUUUGGAAGCAAUGAUGUGCAAAAAUGAAAGAAAAUGUCUUAGUGCGAACAACGAAAGAAACAAACCAGGGAGAUAUUUGUAGAAAUGCAGACUUGUACUUAUAUAGUAAUGCAUUUCAGAGGAGUUUCACAGGUUGAACGUGCAUGUACUAUAUAUGAGUUUCAUGGAGAAACUGACGGCAUGUUAUGCGAAAACGUUCAAAACUUGAAAGGGUUUGAAACGUUCAAUACUUUUAAUGUCAAAGGAUUGUUAUCAUAUGCACAAUAGCCACAGCGUUGUUGUUGGCAAUGGAAAUCUGAAGUCCCAGACCCCGCUUAGAGUGCAGCAUACAAUAUACUGAAGACUUAAAAAGACAAGAAAAUAGUCCAAAAUGCCAACGUAAAAGUCAACUAUAAUGUUUAAAAGUCAUGUUAAGUUUACACAUUUGCAGGUAACUACUCAAAGGAUUCUCUGAGUCUGUUUGCACAUCACUUCUUUGAAGGUAGAAGUAACCUGUGGGUGUUAACAAGUAGUGAAAUUAGACAUCUACCUGUGCACACACACUGCAGACCACAAGGUGUUCAGGGUAAACAGGGGACAGCUGAACAGGAACUACAGGCGGAGUCAGCUGAGGAACUGCACAAUAAGAAAUAGAGAGAUAACAUCAUUUUACCUCACCUACUGGACUUCAAAACAUCUGGCAUUUGUCUUGAACGGGAAAAGUCUAGUUUGCAUUCGUUAUUAUUUUGGGAAAAUGUUUAGGGCUCCGAUCAGAGUUGGUGGGAAAAAGACAACACAAUGAACAUGCUAAAUUUCGCCCCUUUCCUGACGCAAUGCUAUGAAAUCAACAGGGAUUUGGAUAAUUAUUGUAUUAACGUUCAAAACAUACAAUUAGCAUGCUCUACUCAAUACAACCAGAGUCCAUUGACAGAAACAGUAAUUUAACCUCCAUGAUUGUCGUUAAACACACUAGAAUGACAAGAUAAAUCCAUCUUUAUUUAUAUUUCCACCCCUUAAUUAUUAGAGUUAAAUGUGAAAAGGAACAUGUUUUAACUGCUCUUCUCAAAGCAACCAGACUCCAUUGGCAGAAACAAUCAUUUUAGAUUGCUGAUUGUCGUCAAACAAACUUUAUUCAAACACAAAUGUGUCCCCUUUAGUCCUUCUGCUGUUUUUAAAAAGAUUAGGAUAUUCUUAGUCAAUUAACACUCGAUUAGGGGAUUUGAUUGACAGAUGAGUUUCUCAACAAAGAGUCAUGUAAAACUAUAAAUGUAGCUUGCGUUUAGCACAUUAUGGGCUCAUGUUUUUUUGAAGAUAAGUCCUUCAGCUUAGAAAGAGGACUAAUUUACCCAAUACAUUGACAACGAAUCACAUGGUUUGAGUUUGAAAGAGAGACUGACUAAGUCAUAGAUAUAUAAAAAAUUACUGUUCAUUAUCUCUGCUUUAUGGUGCAUUUGUCAAACCUGAAAAACCUAGAAAGACACACUUGUCUACAGGGAAUGGAAAAGGAGUUUAUCGCCUAUUUUUAGCAGGUUUUCUGGUGUUUAAAAAAACUGCAUGCUUGCGCUAAUUUUGGAAGGAAAGGGUUUAACGGCCCGUCUACACUACAGGCAUCAAAAAAUCUUGAAGCUGGGCGUGUCUGAGGCUUGGCG